AUGAUUUACACACGACUCCUGCCGUUUUUCCUGUUUAUACACGUGGUUCAGGCUUGGUGGUAAGUUGAUUUUACUCUUGGUCGAUUCUUUAAGACUAUUGUACAUAGUUUAUUCAAGUUUUAUAAAAUGAAAUUGGAUCUUCGGGCCCGUAGAGCAAAAAGUAUAUUAUUUUAGGCAUCAAAACUAAAAUUUUUGAUUUAAAUUAUACUUUUACCGUGUACACACGUGCCAUUUAGAUCGAUUCAGUUCUAAAUGACCUGAAUCAAAUAUAUCGAUCGAAUUUUAUCGAUUGCUUUAGCUCUCGGAGGAGUUUUCGUGAUUUUAGGUAACAACCGAAAGUAAACAGAAAAAUUCAGUUUUUUACCCAAGUCUUUGCGAUUUAUGCUUCUUCUAGACUCUAAUAACUCCAUAAAAUCCGGAUUUGAUUUAAAACUCAACAAUCUUUAGUUGAAAUAUUUUAGGUAUCAAGAUUAAAAUUUCAAUUUUUUUUAUUUUCUAAAACCAAAUUUCACCCAAAAACCUUUUAGGAUGCUAACCCAAAUGGCUUCUGCCCCAUUGCCCUCCUCCCACUACUUUGAUUGCAAUUCUUUGCCCGGAUUAUCAAAGAAACAACUCGAGCUUUGCAAACACAACCCAUCCGCGAUGCGAGCGGUCGCCAAUGGUCUCAAAGACGCUGUGGACGAAUGCCAGACGCAGUUCUCGAAUGAAAAAUGGAAUUGCUCCGCGAAACAUGGCUUUGGAACCGCACUGUUGAAUAGUAAGUUGCGAAAUCGCGAAAAAAUAUUAUACAGGGUCUUUCAAGAAACGUGAAGGAAAGUAGGAGGCUAUAACUUUCGGCGCCUCCUACUUUCCUUCACGUUUCUUGAAAGACCCUGUAGUAGUAGAUUAGUUAAGGGAAAUCUAAAUUUUAGAGUACAAACACGACUGUAACUAAUAGUUAGAACUCUUCUGUUAUGCCGUUUGGCAAUAAUUUACAUAUUUUUGGCCCUAAAAUAUCUUUUCCUCAAAAAGUGACAUUUUAUACGAUGAAAGCUGUCUGAAUCUUAAUAUUUAUGAAAUCAUUUUCAGUAGCCAGCCGAGAAUCCGCCUAUGUGUACGCGCUCUCCGCGGGCGCCGUCUCUCAUUCCGUGGCGAAAGCCUGUGCCAAAGGCCUAAUCCCCGAUUGCGGCUGCGGCGACCGACCUCGCCAACCCGCCAAGGAUUUUAUUUGGUCCGGCUGCUCCGACAACCUCAAGUAUGGCAAUCAAUUCAGUCGACGAUUUGUCGAUAUAACUGAAAAACGAAAGUUGGAUAGCCGAGCGAAAAUGAAUUUACACAACAACCGCGUUGGAAGGAAGGUACUCGCUAGCUCAAUGAAAACGAAGUGCAAGUGCCAUGGAGUCAGUGGAAGCUGUGUUACAAAGACUUGCUGGAAAGUGGUACCCGAUAUUGAUGAAUUUGCGAAAAACUUGAAGAUCAAAUAUGAAAGAGCUCAACAGGUGAGGGAAUAUUUUUUGUAAGACUUUAGGGCAGAAAAUUUGGCCAUUUUUGUUGUGGGAGACAUUUUAUACGAAAAAUUUAAGAUACAUUUUUCAUCGUAUAAAAUGUCACUUAGAAGAUGUAAAACUGUUGCCUAUGGUUAGAUUGUGCCAUUAAGGUUCUAACUAGAGAUUUUUGGAAAUUUUAAACUUUUGAAUAUUCAAAUUUUUGAUUAUAAUUUCGGAAAAAAGCGUUUGGUCGUAUAAAAUGUCGCCGAGGGGUGGAAAUUAGAAAACAUGAGGGGAAAUGAAGUCAUAAAUGAUUUCUGAUCAUAUAUAAGGCCAUUUUAAGUACUAAACUUAAAUUUUUUUAGGUUACCGUAACCCCCGACAGUAACGAACUUAUUGUCCGAACUCCCCCCGCCGUCAGCCGAACUGAACGCUAUAUCGCGCAGCCAGCCCAUCCCUACAAAGUAAAUGCCCCCACCAACCAGCUGCCUCAAUACGAAUAUCAACUGAGCACGAUGCCAGCGAAUCGGGCGGAUUUGGUGUUUCUGGAGGACUCGCCGGACUAUUGCGAAAUUGACCCCAAAAAUGAAAUUGGUGGGACAAGAGGCAGAGAAUGCGCCAAUGACAAAGAAUGCGACACAUUAUGUUGCGGACGUGGCUAUGACACCAAGUACGAAUGGCAAACCGAACCCUGUCAUUGUCGGUUCGAAUGGUGUUGUGAGGUAAAAUGUCAGCAGUGCGAACGACUCGUGGAACGCCGCUUUUGCCGCUAA